UUUGUACAUGUGAUUUUGUAGUUUGAAAACAUGAGCAAAAUAUUUGACACUGUCAUUAUGGGUUAUUGUGUGUAGAAUUCUGAGGACAAAAAUGAAUGUAUUUCAUUUUGGAGAAAGGCUGUAACACAAGAAAAUGUGUAAAAAGUGCAGAUGCCCUGUAUUUGCAGAUAAAAUGGUGUUGAUCUGACGUUACCUUUCCAGCUCUGAGGGGCGAGCGUGCAGGUUAAGCGAGGCGACUCUGCGAUGGGUGUUGCCAAAGCUUGAAGCAGGAUGAUGUAAAUCAGCGACUGAACUUGUCUGCAGGGCAAAGAGCAAGAGUUCUAGAGUUUCAAGUCGCCGAGGAGAGGAAGUAGGACGUGUGCGUUACCCUGAUAUGAAGACCAGUCCGGCGGAGGUGGCCUCUCCCACAGGGUAGGAACAUUCCACGGACAACUCCAUCACGGCCGGGUAGAUGGAGACACCCAAGAAGCCAAAAAGAGCGCAAACAAUCGCUACGGCCACCUUCUGAUCUUGCAUCAGACACACCUGGGGAGGAUUGUGGUGAGAUGAUCUGGUCCAGCAGCGUGGAGAAGCAGGUGAACACGGCCACGCCCGAGCCAAAGCACAGCAGCAGCAGGUACGCUCGGUUCCUCAGCAGCUGGGCGGGACAAGGACAAAGGGCGGCGAGUCAGGAUGUUUCCUACCAGUUUGAAGCCAUGUCUGAAGGGUUCCGAGGUGGAAUGUUCUGCGCUGGCCGAUGGCGGCGUCGGGGGGGGGGGGGCACUGCACCGCAUGCCCAUGGUGACGAGGAAACAGCUGACGCAGGCAACAACGGCAUAGACCAACAUCUGAAGGAUGACAGAUUGUCUUACCACCAGAGGAUAGUGGAUAUUGUCCCGCCCACCUUCUCGGCCCUCAUCCCGGCCAAUCCCAUCUUCAUUUACAAAUACACUGAAGAAAACGCCUCUUCGUUGCUGGGCUAUCCCAUCUCCAUCACUGUCGGCAACGCCAUCAAGAACCGAGCGUCCAACGAGGAGAUCCUGACCGUCCUCAAAGACGUGCCCAACCCAAACCAGGACGACGACGACGAUGAAGGCGAGAGCUUCAACCCCCUGAGGGUGGAGGUAUUCUUGCAGACGCUUCUUCACCUGGCAGCCAAGUCCUUCAGCCACUCUUUCAGCGCCCUCGGAAAGUUUCACGAGAUCCUGAAGAACCUGGCGGAGAGCGACGAGGGCAAGCUGCACAUCCUCAAAGUGGUCCAUGAAGUGUGGAAGAACCACCCGCAGAUGACCGCCGUUUUGGUGGACAAAAUGAUCCGGACGCAGAUCGUGGACUGCGCCGCCGUGGCCAACUGGCUCUUCUCCCAGGACAUGGCUCACGAGUUCACCAGACUUUACAUUUGGGAGAUCCUGCACUCCACCAUCCGGAAGAUGAACAAACAUGUCCAGAAGAUCCAGAAGGAGCUUGAGGAGGCCAAGGACAAGCUGGAAAAACAGCAACAUAAGAGGAGGGACAGCGGCGACGACGAGGACAUGGAGAAGAACAGCGAGGACGAGGAGGGCCAGCUGGAGGAGCAGAUUGAGCGGCUCCAGGAGAAGGUGGAGUCGGCCCAGAGCGAGCAGAAGAACCUUUUCCUCGUCAUCUUCCAGCGUUUCAUCAUGCUGCUGACCGAGCAUCUCGUCCGCUGCGAGACGGGCAGCGUCAACGUCAGCACGCCGUGGUACAAGAACUGUGUGGAGAGACUGCAGCAGAUCUUCCUCAUGCACCACGGCACCAUCCAGCAGUACAUGGGAACACUGGAGAACCUGUUGUUCACGGCCGAGCUGGACCACCACAUCCUGGCCGUCUACCAGCAGUUUUGCGCCCUUCAGCUGUAAAACAACAACAAAAAAACCCGAAACAUUUUGUCGUCCAACGUUGGCUCUUGCAUCAAGAAUGUCCUCCUGACAAAAAACAGUAUUUUCAUCCUGUGUUGUGGAAGGUGUCAUGUUGGACGUGUAAGUAUCCAGAAUGCAACAGCGGUCAGCUUAUCAACGUCUUUUGAUUCUUUCAUUUUUCUUUGCGUUUAAUCCUUUUUUUUUUUUUACGUGGUCACUCUCCUUUUAUUAGUUUUAUGUGGAAUUGGAAAGGAAAUAAAUCUCCCAAAUUCUUUUAACUUUCAUCUGCGUGCGUGUUGGAAGAAAUGACACCUUGAGCCAUGAAUGUUAGAACAAUAAACACACACACCUGCAA